AUGAAGCAGAAGCAGUCAAAGGACUUCAAGAUUCAGAUGACGAACGUGAACAAGUUCAACAAGAAGUUCAAUCCAACGCAUAUGAGCCCACAACACCCGAUGGAGAAGGUCGUCGACUUGAAGAUGUCACAGAACAAGAUGAUGGUCGACUUCCUGUUCCUUCUCUUCCUCCUCUAUGUGCAGUACCGGUUGAUCCCGGAAUGGAAGCACCACAGACGCCAAUCAAGUACUUCUCCUACAGCGACCUCUAUGGCAGAUCUUCGCAGCGGCAUGGUGCUUGGCGUAGUGCUGAUGCUCAUGAUGGGUAUGUUGGUCAUGAUGGUUCCUGGUGAAGCUUCAAGAUCACGAAGCCGUUCCGAUCCACAACCAGAGUAUGCGAAUGUUCAACAGUGGACCGAUGAGAUGAGAAACUUUGUGGCUACGACAUUCGUUUUGUCAGCCAAAGCAUACUGGAUUGAUGGACAGCAUGAUCAGUUUUCAAUUGAGAACAUGUUUAACCACCUACGGCUAGCAGCGUUACUUUUGAAGAACGAUGAGAAAGAGGCUGUGGAAUAUUUCAUUACGGCCGUUGAGGUGAACGACUCCGAGGAGAUCAUGGCUCAGGUAGCUCAGACGAUAGCAGAUGCACAUGGACGAGAAUUAGUGGUCGAAAGACCAGCUGGAUCAGAUGAACGUGAACAAGGAGACAGAGAUGGACAAGACCCAGAACCUGGGAGUAGCAACAACAAUACGCUUGGAAGAAGCAGUGAAAACACUACUCUGAACAGCAGAACUACUCAGAAUACCACAGAGGAGGAGAAUGACAAGAUCGAGCAAGCUAUGGCAGAAGCAAGAGCUAGCCUACGUCGUGGAAUCCGUGUCUUGCAGUCGCGCGCUACGCGCUAUGAAGAGUUGGGCGACCACGAUGCCGCAGAAGAAGUCAGACGUCAGAUUGACGACAUGGAGGCAAUGGAAUCUUCAAUUUGA